CCUGUAGUAGAUGAAGAUACAGAAAGCUUUUCCACAUUACUGAGAAAUUCGAAGCUGAUGCAGAUUGGUUCAUACAAGUCAAGGGUUGUCAGUGGAACUAUUAUUAACAUCGUUGAAGAUGAUAUGUACAUUGAUUUUGGAGGAAAAUUUCAUUGCGUAUGUAAAAAACCAGCUGUAGAAGACACUAGGAAAGGAAACUCCUACAUAUUAGGCAAUAAAGUGAAAGUAAGAAUCAACGAUUUAGAAAUGACUUCCAAGUUUUUGGGUGCAGACCGACACGUGACAAUACUUGAGGCAGACGCGACAUUGAUUGGAAUAAAGCACAGGUACGACACCCCAUCA